CGGCAAUUUCCGGAAACCCGGAAGGGAGGGCGCCGAGCGCGCUCGGGCACCUCCGGCACGGCAGUGACGCCCGGGCGACAGGAGGGCGGCCACGCUACCGCCGCAGCUGGACAUGCGGCUGCUCUCGCGAGCCCUCCGCCUGGCUCAAGGCUGCCGGGCGGCCGCGCUGCCCGCUCGGAGCCUCCGGGCAGCGCCGGUGGGAUGGCCGCUCCCGCCGCGGCGCGGGCUGAGCGCGCGGCCCGGCCUGGAGGAGCUGUUCGCCGCGCCCUCCCUGCGCCGGCUGCUGGAGGCGCGCGCGCGGGGCGAGGGCGGGGCGGCGCCGCAGCUGGCGGCGCGCGUGAGGCGGCUGCGCGACAAGGAGCGAGAGCUGCGCGACACGCGGGAGCUGGCGCAAGAUGAGAACGAAGAUUUCCGGAAGCUUGCAGAAACAGAAAUUGCUUCCUGUGAAGAAGAGAUAGCUGAACUGAAACAACAGAUAGCGUUGCUUUUGAUUCCUUCAGAAGAAACAGAUGAGAGUGAUCUUGUCUUGGAAGUAACUGCCGGAGUUGGAGGGCAGGAAGCCAUGCUGUUCACCUCAGAGAUAUUUGAUAUGUAUCAACGAUAUGCUGCUUAUAAAAAGUGGAAAUUUGAAGUAUUAGAGUACUUUCCCAGUGAAAUAGGUGGCCUAAGACAUGCAGUAGCCAGUAUAGCAGGUGCUGAGGCUUACAAAUACAUGAAGUUUGAAGGAGGAGUGCAUCGAGUUCAGCGGGUACCAAAGACUGAAAAACAAGGACGCAUUCACACCAGCACAAUGACUGUUGCUAUAUUACCCCAACCUACUGAGAUGAGGCUGCAAAUUAGUCCAAAAGAUCUACGGAUAGAAACAAAGCGAGCUAGUGGAGCUGGAGGCCAGCACGUCAAUACCACAGAUAGUGCUGUACGGAUAGUUCACAUUCCAACAGGGAUUGUGUCUGAGUGUCAGCAAGAAAGAUCCCAAAUUAGAAACAAAGAGAAGGCUAUGCAAAUGCUAUGUGCUAAACUAUACAACGCCAAACUAGAAGAAGAAACCAAAAAGAGAAACAGUGCUCGAAAGAUUCAAAUUGGGACUAAAGGAAGAUCAGAGAAGAUCAGAACAUACAACUUUCCACAGGACCGGAUUACAGACCACAGAAUAAGCAGAUCAGUGCAUCAUGUUGAGUCUUUCAUGCUAGGGGAAGAAAUGCUAGAUGAAAUGAUACAAACUCUGAGAGAGUAUGCUGAUUAUGAAUCUCUACUGGAAAUUAUUUCAGAAAAUGAAAAAAAGAAUUCCUCCUGAACAUUGUUCUUUCUCAGGCCAUUGCAACAGAUGCAGACCUUGGUCUGCAAAGAAGUUUCUCAGAGCACCACCCAGAAAAUGGAGCUUCUUUUCAGGUCAUGAAAAACAUCACAACUUGUUUCCUCAUGACUACUAAACAGUUUUCUUACUUGCUGAGCAAAAGACUUUAUUAUCUUCAUAUAAGACAUUAUUGCUGCAGCAGUCCUUUUGAAAAGUAAAUUUGACUGCACCAGAAGUAACAGCAGUUAACUUUUUCCACGGAGAAGAUACUGAUACACCACUCUCAAAAGGUAUGCAUACAUUAAAAAAGGAGUUAUUUCUAGUUCCAGUUUUCAUUUAAACUGUAGCUUAACCAUCACACAUCAGUGUGAAAUAGCUUACUUGAGAGAAGAAAAAAAAUCCUAUUUUGUUUGAGUGAUUGGAAAAAAGUGAUAAAUAAAUGACCCCACUCUACCUA